UUCAUGUUUUGGCUUCGCCCCAACUUGAGUCCGUCCCACAGCUCAUUCCCCCCGCCCCGUACUAACGGGAAGCAGAGGGUGGGAGGCGGUGAUUGGCGCGCUGGUUCCGCCCUGUGAGGGGUUGUGCGUGUUGCUUUCCCAGUCGCUUGUUAUUGUUUGGGGGAAGGGGCACGGAGCGCCAGUGCUUGAGUCGCGGAGAGGCUUUAGGAGCUGAUUUAUUUUGUCCGGAGAGAUUAGUAGUGAAGCGCCGGUCUGCAUGGGGAACUGCCAUACAGUGGGGCCAAAUGAAGCCCUGGUCGUAUCAGGUGGUUGUUGUGGCUCUGACACAAAACAGUAUGUGUAUGGAGGCUGGGCGUGGGCAUGGUGGUGUGUAUCUGACACACAGCGACUGUCAUUGGAGGUUAUGACCAUCCUCUGUCGCUGCGAGAAUAUUGAAACAUCCGAGGGGGUCCCUCUGUACGUUACAGGGGUUGCACAGGUAAAGAUUAUGACUGAGAGGGAACUUCUGGCUGUAGCCAGUGAGCAGUUUCUGGGAAAAAAUGUUCAUGAGAUUAAAAACGUUGUCCUUCAGACACUGGAAGGUCAUCUGCGAUCUAUACUUGGAACACUAACUGUGGAACAAAUCUACCAGGACAGAGAUCAGUUUGCCAAACUAGUUCGAGAAGUGGCAGCCCCUGACGUGGGACGCAUGGGUAUUGAAAUCCUCAGUUUUACCAUCAAGGAUGUGUAUGACAAGGUUGAAUAUCUAAGUUCCCUUGGUAAAUCUCAGACUGCUGCUGUUAGGAGAGAUGCUGAUAUUGGAGUGGCUGAAGCAGAACGUGAUGCUGGUAUAAGGGAAGCAUUGUGCAAGAGGGAAACGCUUGAUGUGAAAUACCUUGCUGACACAAAAAUGGCUGACUCCAAACGUGAAUUUGAAAUGCAGAAAGCAGGGUUUUCACAGGAAGUUAACACUAAAAAAGCAGAGGCCCAGCUGGCUUAUGAACUGCAGGCUGCCAAAGAACAGCAAAAGAUCCGACAGGAAGAAAUCGAGAUUGAAGUUGUGCAACGUAAGAAGCAGAUUGACAUUGAAGAGAAAGAGAUUGUCCGUAUGGACAAAGAACUGAUAGCCACUGUCAGAAGGCCAGCUGAAGCAGAGGCAUACAGAAUGCAGCAAAUAGCUGAAGGAGAGAAGGUGAAGCAGGUGCUCUAUGCUCAAGCUGAAGCUGAAAAGAUUCGGAAAAUUGGAGAUGCUGAAGCUGCUACCAUUGAGGCUAUUGGCAAAGCUGAAGCAGAGAAAAUGAAGCUGAAAGCAGGGGCCUACCAGCAGUAUGGUGAAGCAGCUAAAAUGGCUAUGGUGUUGGAAUGCCUACCCCAGAUUGCUGCCAAAGUAUCUGCUCCUCUGGCUAAAGUGGAUGAAAUAGUCAUUCUUAGUGGGGAGAACAGCAAAAUAACUGGAGAAAUGAAUCGGUUGCUUGCUGAGGUCCCAGCUUCAGUACAAGCACUUACUGGAGUGGAUCUCACGAAGAUUCCCCUGAUCCAGAAAGCCACAGGCAUCUUGGCAUAAGGAUAAGAAUAAUGAGUCCACCUCCAUAUGCACUCAACAUGAGAUUGCCUUCAACAAUGACAGGACUCUAUUUUUUACAAAAAAAAAAGACAAUUUCUCGUUCAUUUUAACUAAUCUGGUGCCUUACGUGUUAGGGCCAGAAACAUGAAUAGUCAUAUCUAUCUUCUGUUUUUAAGUUUGUUCAUGGAUAUUUUUUCAAGUAGAUGGUUACUGUUUGUUUGUAUAAUUCAAGCUGUUUGUAUGGCAGAGUUCUGCUUUGGCUGGAGUUGCUGCCUCUGUGCCUUCAGUUUCUCUGCCCUAUGGUGUAUGCUUUCUAAGCUACCAAAAUGCUGCUUUUACCUGUCAAUGCAAGAACUCCAGCCAUUUUGUUUUUCAUUUCACUAUAGCCCUGAAACAAUGUACCACCACUUUGUGUUAGUGUGCAUGGGGGGUCUCUUGGCUCUAUAUAAGGGGAAACCAACCUUUAAUCCUUUUAGCCUCUAAACUGCAUCUCCAACAUGGUUGGAAAGUCAUUGGCUGUAAGUCCUCAAGGUGAAGGAAUGCAGGCUGGACAAUCCUGUACAAUAUACAACAUUGUGUUUCUUUUUGUACUUCCCAGCAAUAGGCAUCCACCAUUGCUCUCCUGUUUCAGCAUAAAUUUGAAGGAAUAUGUUAAUUUUUGUGCAGUCAAACUGGGCACACGAGAGAACUGCUGGUCUAACUGAAUCAGAGACAUGUUCAGGGAAUGAUACAUAGGGCAUUUGGAUUAAGGCUUCUGGGAGAAGACAGUGCAGAGGAUCACCGCCUAUUAACUUGAAUGGAAAGCAUCAUGGGUCACCCUGCAUGGGCAGUUAUUGCUCUGAAAGGUGCUAGUCUGGGUCUGAGUGUUGCUAUAGGUAGUGCUGUGUAAUUAAGGUGCUGUGUGUGGCUCUGCAGGUAUGAUCUGCCCUAUAUUUACUUUGCAUUUUAUAGAAGGUUAUGUAAAAAGAUAAGGAUCGCUGAUUGCUAUUAAAUGCAGAAAAACAAGAAAGUGCUACAGACAUGUAUGUAUAGGGGUUAAUAAUCCCUCUUUUAAUUUCUUUUUAAUUAUUUUUUUUUUAAUCCAAAAAGAAUGAAGCACAGCCCAGGGAAUUAGACUGCCCUUCUGAGUGAACCACUGGCCAAGGCCUGUUAAUGUGCUUUAAGCCAUUUUUUUUCUCCCCUGUUGCAGAAAUGAGUUCAUAUUGUGGUAAAUGCCAAACAGGAAGCAAACUCCCCUUCAUUUCCCUGUUACAUGGCAGCCUCAUCCGUCAUUUUAUCUGCUCACUUCUGAAACCCUUUGCAUGUGAACCCUAAGUGACAUAGGAGCACUAUACAUUAUUGUAUCCUGCACAGAAUAUAUAUAUAUAUUUACUCACUGUAGUAGAAAUGUCCCAUUGAAAUCUGAAACUGUUCUUCCCUUUCUAUAUCCUGAACAAUGAAUGAAGUUUGAAGGGGGGGGGCUAUAUUUUGUUUGUCUAACAUCUAUGAAACAUAUUUCAGAUGCAGUGCUCCAUUCUAAUGCUUAUUCCAGCACAUACAAUCUGUAUAUAGCUUCUGUUCAUUUCAGAAGCUCUGGAUCUCGCUAGGCACUCACUGCCAAGUGUGUUCAGACUAUAUCAAUCAAUCAAUCCAACAACAGCCAUUGCACAGGCAGAUUCUGUUUAGGUCCUGAGUUCUGUUAGCCACACAUGGAACAAUUUGCUUGUAUUGUCCUUGGUCCAACAAGCAGAUUACAUAGAGGCCCUAUGUAGAUGCAUCGGAAAACAGGUCCGCAUCAUAAGAGUUGGGGAUGCCCUUGGCUGGCCCCAUGCAUUGUUAAAUAUGAUCUCUUCUCCUAUGCAUAGCCUACAUAGCUGCUGACCUGUCAGGAGUGGCUGAUUUGGCAGCCAGUCUUGGUGCCUGUGAGGCUAGGAGUGCUAAAUGGAACCUUUCUUAUCUCCCUUGCUGUGCAGUGAGAAACUAGUGCCCCUAUGGUGCAACUUUUACUAUGACCAAAACACUUUAUUGCUCUCCACAGAAGUGUUCAUGCCAGGGAUACAUUUGGUAUAGAAAGAAAGGAGUGCUCUAAAUACAUUGUUAUAUAAGAUCUCAAAAGGAAGGAACCCUUUAAGCAAGUUAUCUGUGUGAUUUUCCUAAAGCUUGUGUAGUUUACUUUUGUUGGAAUAAGCCACAGCACUAUUCUACACAACUGCCAUUAUGCACAGCCCGCAGCUGCCUGGAUGGAGUUGUAUUUGUGCAACAGUCAGCACCCUGCUCUAGGGGCAUUGCUAGGGUAUUGCUUAUUGUUGCACCCUGUAUCUGCCUGGGUACCCUUCUUAGACAGCCAUAUGGGGAUCUUAAAUAUGAUUGAUGGGGGGUGGUUAUUUCAGAAUACACUAUUAUAUUAAUAUAUUCUUUAUGUAGUCCAUCGUUUUGGACCCGAUGAUCUGGGAAAUAUGUGAAUAUUUUGUGAACUGUAACGUUAUUUUUAUUGGUUGCUUUGCAUAACAUGGACAGUGUAGGCAAGCGUUACUGUGGUUUCAACAAUGUUUAACACAAUUAUUUUGUUACAUGCUUUUAUUUUGAUUUUAUGUUCUUAUGCUUCAUAAUACAGUCUUUUACCUAUGAAGAUUAUAAUCUUGUUCAGUUCUCAUUAUUGGCAAAGGUGUAAAGGGUAAAUAUUUAUUAAGGGCCAUUUUUCUUUGAUGCUUAUUUUUUCCUCUCAAAAAGGACAGUUGUAUAGGCUGCAUAUGAAUGCAUGUGCCACGAGCAUAUAUCCUCUCAUCCUGCUUCAGGCGCUUUCUACACACAUUUAGCUAUUGGUAAGUCUCAGUCCUUUGAUUUUUGCAGGAAUUUGUACCUUUCCCAUUUUUGUAGGCUAUUAGAUUUAUAUGAGUACGGCACAGAUCUUACUCCUUUUUUCACACAGGCGCAUGUAAAUGCUGAACACAGGUGGAACGCAACAUGCUGCCUUUUAACUUCGUUCAGCACUUACAGCACGAUAGGAGCAGUAGAAUGAAGAGCACGAUAAGAGCAAUACAGAAUGAAAUGCCCUUCUGUAAGUGCCUACUUAAUGAUUCACAUUGACUUUUUGAUUGUGGCCAAUAAAAGCUGCUGGCUCAGUCCCCCAAAACCAAGUUGGCAGUUUACUGACCUGUCUAUUAGGCCUCUCCUACAAAGUGCCGAACAGUAUCAGAGUAUAAAUCAGCAAGUCAGCCAAGAAAUAGAGAAUAAAUGAGAUCUGUAUGCAGCUUACCAAUCUCUGUGUACUGUUAUUAUAGGGAAAAAGCAAAUCGGUUGAACACAAAGAGGACACUGGGAAAUGGCACUGCAAUGAUUCACAGCAGAUUUCCCAGAUCACCAAAUCACUUGAAAGCUUAGGGACACAUCUAUGUAUGUUGCUGGGCUGCUAUGACUGUAAGUACAUUGCAAGUAGUGCAGCCCCUCUAGCUGGAUUUUCUAGACAUGUCCCUGGUGAUCUGAUUUUACUGCUACAAACUAACUGGUGCCUGAAGGUCUUCUACACACAACUGGUUUCCUGCUGGGAGAAGGGAAAGAUUAGGGGAAGAAGUUCAUGUUCAGCCACCAAUAAACCCCCCACUUUAGCUGCAGUCUGCACCUUGCUCUGGAUUUUUGUAGGCUACAAAAUCAGGCCCCAUUGCCAGCUCUGCCGCUUGUGAACAGAGCUGCCAAAUGUAUAGGCAUAUUCAGGGGGAUAGUUAAAGCUCAUGCAGAGACUUGUGGGAAUUCUAUGUUCAGGGAAGGCAAUGUAUUCUUUGUAUACAUGUUUCUUAUAGUAAAUGCCCCCUUACUGACUUUUUAUUAAUAUGCAGGUUCCCACAUAUACCAGCAGCCCUCUCUAUGUGCUGAGAGAACCAUUUAACCAUACAAUAUUACAGUGCAGCCAACACUUAUAAUUCCCAUGUUUAUGUCUGUAGCCUUAGCAUUACUGUCAGAAUUUGGGUGCUUAAACCCUUCCAGGAGACCCGUGACCAUCUUUGUACUCCUCAUUUUAGCUUCUAGUAUCUCCUCCUCUCUCAUAGAGUACAGUACAAACCUUGGGUCAUUGAUCAUUUUAUUAGUUUAGUGGUUAUAGCAUCUCACCACCCUGGCCGUCAAUGUGUACAGUCUGUUAUUGUCUGUAUGUUUCCCCUCUAUUAUACCGAGUUUCAGAAAAUGCUUUAUAAAUAUAUAUAUAUAAUGUGUGUGUAUAUGAUAUAAACUGUACUGCUGAUAGGGCAUCAGGGUGGUUUCCUUGGUGGUGCUUGGUUCUACUCUUUCUAGUGUAUGGAAUAGGAAAAUCCUCUUGUGCCUUUAAGCCCUUUACCUUUCUGUUUCUAGGUUGAAUUCUGGGGAAUAAUUUACUCGAUGGAGCACAGGCAUCAAAGUUACAGCCUGCAGUGAUCGUGAACUACAACUCCCAACAGCCUCAGUUACUCCCGAGUAUGCUGGAAAUCAUAGUUCACGUGAGCUGGAGAUGCGGCUUAGGCAUGCCUGGUUUAAGAGACAGUAAGACAUGAGGAGGCCAAUUCACUAACAUGGAUGCUGAGUUGCACCAAUGUUACCAUAGCAACCAAUUUAGUGGUGGCCAGCCAUGUUGGGAAACAAGAGUAAGGAUCUGAUUGGUUACUAAUGGCAGCUGCACUGAUUCAGUUGAAAGUUAGAAAAGCAGCCCAAAGAUAUCUAUGAUUUUAUUGCUCUGUUAAAAAUGUCUAUAUUUGAAUAUGUCUGUAUUAUUCAACCCUCUCCCCCACAACCGCUUAAAUCCUAAGAGUGAGAACAAACUAUAACCUACUAUAUAUAAUCUCACAACAUGUAGACGUCGUGCCACAUCUAUAAUGUCACCCCCAAGAAAGCCUUUGGGAUUCCUGAUCAUUUAUACCCUUAGUACAACGAAGCAGCAGAUACUGUAUAACAACAACUGUUAUGUGAUUUAUCAUUAUUAUCUGCAUGUGAAUGAUGUGCACGCCAUGUGACACCAUGUGACCUGUGCUGCUCUCUCUCACUGGACCCUAUGCAAGUGUUUCAUACUUGUAUAAUAAAAAUCCCUGCUGUUCCAAUU